AUGACAUCUACCAAACCCCUCAAGAAUCCUUUUACUGUAAAUUGUAAGAAUUGUAACCUUCCACUUGCUGAUUCCUUUUCACUAUUAAAUUACAAAAAUAGGUUUUUAAUACAUUCAUCAGUUAGUACAACAGUUAUUAUAGAUAAAAAAAAGAUUACAGAGGAAGAUUCAAUUUAUUACUUAAUGAAAUGUAGAUGCCAUUUAGUGGUUGGUAGAAAAUAUAUUAGUACAUCUGUAGAUUUAAAUGGGUAUAGUGGUAUGUACUUUUUUAAUAAAGAUGAUGUAUACACAUAUUUACUUGGAGGAGGCGUGUCAGAUUCGAUUAAUAGUAUUUGUCUUAAUGAUUUGUGUGACGAUAUUGAUAAAAUACAGAAAUUGUGUUUAUACUUGUACAAAAAGAUUGAUGACAAAAAAUAA